AAAAUUAUCUGUGACAGCUCAUGUCAACUUCUUUUACUUGAUCCCGGUUCUAAUUAUGGCUCCACCACAGCCUAAGGCGGCGGCGAAGGCCCCCGCGGCGCCUGCGGGCGGAGUCCAGAAGCCCAAGGUCGGCAAACCCAGGAAUUAUGACUUGGGAAACGGAAUUGUUAGAUUUUCCAAAACCAAAAUGUUCCACAAGAAGGCUAAGUACAAGUUCAUUGGCAAGAAACAUCCUAAGGCACCCAAAGAAAAGAAGCCUGCAGUUGUGGUAAAGCCCAUUGGGGGUGAAAAGAACGGCGGAACCCGUAGGGUCCUGCUCCAUCGUAGAAAGUCAUUCUACCCAACUUCAGACAAGAUCCGCACUCGCUCCCACCACAAGACCUUCAGCAAGCACGUAAGAAGGACACGUCCCAGCCUCACGGUGGGCACCGUGUGCAUCCUGCUAGCCGGCAGACAUGCAGGCAAGCGUGUCGUGCUCGUAGGAGUACUCCCCAGCGGGCUCUUGCUUGUGACUGGUCCUUUCGCUUUCAACUCGUGCCCACUGCGCCGCAUUCCCCAACGCUACGUUAUCGGCACCAGCACUAAGGUAGACCUGAGCGACUUCCAGCUGCCAGCUCACCUGGAUGAUACCUACUUCAAGAAGAACAAGAAGAGCACCAAGCGCUCUGUGAAGCGCAAGGAGGGUGAAGACAUCUUUGCCACCAAAAAAGAGAAAUACGUUCCAUCCGAACAACGCAAGGCUGACCAGAAGCUCGUAGACGAGGCAGUAAUCAAGGCCAUUGGCAAGCGCUCAGACAAGAAGAUCCUCAGAGGCUACCUAAAGGCUGCCUUUGGUCUUCGCUCAAGCCAGUACCCUCAUCGUCUGCACUUCUAGUUAACUAAAAUAUAGUACUUGUGACUAAAA